AUGAUCAACCCCAAAUUGCCCAUGACCACUGAACCAUCCUCCCCCACAUAUGCAGCUGUACUUGUUUCUGGAAAUCCAACCAGAACAACCAUCUCCCAUCCGAACACAGCUGCCAACCAAUCGCUCAGAAAACCCGCAGCUAAAGAUGUAACACCUGCGCAGACAAGCGAUUUAUCUUCUGCUCAGUCAACACCUUCGUUGAUGCCUGCAAAACCAAUGGGAACUCCAGCCAUCAUUUCAGCUGGUCAAAAGAAAGGUUGUCACCCUGAUCCGCCACCAGGAUCUGGCAGUAGAUUGGACUAUUCCGCUGUAGUUAAGGGUGGUAAACAAAACAAAUGUCACCCUUCCCAUCUUGCAUCGGCUGCACCUCCGCCAGGCUCCCAGAUUAUCACCAGGAAGAUGAGGCCUAUCGAUCUUUUUCCUGCUGUAACCAAAGAUUUCCGUCAGAGAUUCGCUGAAUACAAGCUUCUCAUGGAUGAAUAUAAAGCGGACCCAGAGAAUAAUCCAAAACCACCACAGGUCUUUGCGCGUAAUCCUACCAAAGAGGAAAACAAAUCAGCGUUGGAAAUUGUCGAAAAAACUCUCUAUACAAUCGAUUCGAAUUAUAAUAAAAUAUACGAUGAAGGAGACAAUCAAAUGGUUGCUCUAGUCGAGUUCAUUCCAUUAAGCGAUUUAUCACCAUCCGAAUGGGACGACUACGAUUUCCUAUGCCUCUUUCUACAUCAGUGCAAGGAAUUCAUCUCACCCGUCGCCUCCAAAUCACAAAAAUGUCAAGGUAUAAUGUGGGCGCUUGGCUGGCGCAAGGGCUAUGAUGGCUUGGAGAUCCUGGGUAUAUACCGUCAUCAAGCAGCAAUCAAUAAAAAUCCCGAUGGAUUCCGGAAUCUCAUGCAGGAAGGAUCGGCUCGAGAUGGGCAAAUACUCUGGAAAACUUUCCACAGUUUUGGAGACGUGGCCGUGGAGAAGAAUCAAGCUUACAUGAAGCGCUUCAACAUACCUUCAAUAGCUGAUAACAACUUUCCAGAAAAUCCAGAAGACAAAUCCCCCUUUGGAUUUGCCUCGAAUCUAGCUUUCUCUUUGCAUGGAUUUUACAAUCACCACCAUACGGAUGAUGAGGAUUUAUCGGAUCUUCCCCUCGCCUUUGCUCUAAUUAUCCCAACUUCAAGAAUCACCGUUAGAAUUGCAACGGCAGCUCAAGGCUACGAUGUGGAAAAUGGCCAGUUUAUCUUUAGGGAUAUCCAGCUAGCUCUCAAAUUCAAGCCCGAUUAUAUUUGUAUGUCUGCACAAGUUGCAACAAAAACUAGUAAUGCCUGUAAAAACUAUCUCAAUGGUAUCUAUGAUGACGAUACAGAUAAAUAUUUUGGUGGUCUUGAAGACCUUUUAAGUUCUUAA